AUUGACUACUACAGUACCCUGAGGCCGAGGAUAGCCUUGUAAUUGUUGGUAGAGUAACAUGGAGUAACCAGUAUGAAAUAAAUGUAGUGUUACUUUUGUGAAUAGUACCUUACUUUGAAGGCAUACAAAUUACGGGGAUAAAGUCCCUCCAUAUUCUCAGGAACUGAAUCAUAAUGAAUGAAGAGACUCUUCCUCCAUCACCCAACUGGUAUCUAAGCAAUGUACUUGCUUGUGCAGCAGAUGGUACAAUUGCUUAUGGUUCUAGAAGCAAUAUUGUAAUUGCAAGACAUUUACCUGGAAACUCAGGAAUUCGUACACCUCAGAUAUCUAUCAUCCCAAAUGCUCAUAAGGAACGGGUCACUGUUAUCGCUUUCUCUACGAGCAGAGAGAGUAGUGACACUUACUGGAAUUGCCUAGCAUCUGCGGGUGAUGACUCUGUAAUAAGAGUUUGGAGUUUGGAGACACUGUCACCACUACUAGCACACAGUUCCCAUGUGGAAGGUUCAAAGGUUUGUUGUAUGGAUUGGUCAAAGUUUGAUCCCAGCCUAGUUGUAUCAGCAGAUGAACCUGGCAGGAUUGUGUGUUGGGAUUUGUUUAGCAACACGACUCAGCAGUAUAAGUUUGGCAAAUUGGUUCCCACUUGCCUUGCUUGCUGCCCUCAUAGACGAGACCUUAUUGCUAUGGGCACUCGCUCUGGACUUGUUUGCACAGUCAGUUUGAAAGAUAAUGGGAAGAUGCUGCACCGUUUGCGAGGACAUGAUUCAGAAGUUGUGUCCUUAGCUUGGUGUCCUGUCAGCUACAACAUCUUGCAGCCAAAUGAGCUGCAGGAUGACAUAUUGCUAGCUUCUGGAGCUAAAGAGAAAUCUGUAUAUAUCUGGAGAGCAGGAGGGGAUGGUCAUUAUGAAAUAGUUCUAAACCUUCCUAUUGUACCACUGUCACAGGAAACAGUCAGUGCUCAACAACAUAGGUCUCGCUUAGGAGCCUCAGUUGCUGGUGGAGGGGGAUAUGGCGUAAACUGGACAUGUGUUUCAUGGCCUGAGCCAAACACGAUAUUAAGCAGUUCUUUAUGGGGAGAACUGGUGGCUUUCAAUAUUCAACAGGUUACAAGUGUCAGGUCGAAUAAACAACUAACGGCAAAAUUGUGGCGGUUGGUACAUGCCUGCCAUUCCCGAGGCUUAUUCAGCAUUGCGUAUGUCACAACUCAGGGAUAUGUAAACAACAGAAUGAAUUCUGAAAAAAAUGGAGCUUGUAAUGGCAAUGGACUUGCAGAACAUGACAAUACUGAAUGUAAAGCAUCAUCGUGUGUUGUAUGGACAGCUGGCCAAGACCGACAAUUGGUUGCUUGCAAUUUGGAAACAGGAGAGGUGUUGGUUAAUGUCCCAACACUUGGAGGUUUUGUAUACUGUGUUGCUGCAUCUCCAUUGGACCCCAACAGAAUAGCAUUUGGUGGUGGUGAUGGUACAAUUCGAGUUUGGAAUUUAAGUAACUCUACAUCAUUAGAAGUCACCUCACUGUGGCAGAAAAUUAAAGGCAAGGUUAUGGCUCUUGCUUGGCAUCCAACAAAGGAGAAGUGGCUUGCUUAUGGGACAUCUGAAGGAAGAGUUGGUCUGUAUGAUGUGUCAUGUGGAAAACCACCGAUAUUACUUCGUCCAUUCCAUCAUCACAGUGUGUACACAUUGUGCUGGGGACCUCCAGUGUACAAGACAGGCGCUGCAGUUGCAAAUGGUACUUUCUUGUAUUCCUGUGGCGAUGGAGAAGUUGUACAGUAUGAUUCUGAUAACCCUGAUGAAGAGCCACUUAACCUAAAGGAUAUGAUGCAGAUUCCUAAUUUCAACCGUAAAAGGUCUGACAUUGCAUGGAAACCAGACUGCACACUGCUUGCUGUGGGGAAUGAAGAUGGAACUGUACACAUCAUGUCUGCACCACAUCUCACGCUCAUCCACACUCUGCUUGGACACAAGAACUUGAUCCAGUGUCUGGUGUGGCACCCUGAAAGCACUGCCACUGACACUAUGUACUCUCCGUAUCGACACUGGCUUGCAGUUUCAUCAAAUGAAACUCGUAUUAAAGUGUUUGACCUGUCACAGUUGACUAAAGACAAUGUAGAAGCAGAGACAGAUCAGCUGAAACCUGCUUUGAGUUGUAUUACAUUAACCGGACACUUGGGUCGAGUUGUAAGCAUGUGCUGGAGCCCCCACAUAGGAGGUCAAUUGGUGUCAGUCUCAUAUGAUCAUACAGCACAGGUUUGGAAUGUGCCGUGUCAACAACCAGUUGCCAACUUCUGCUUACAUUCUAGUCUUGUAUACUGCUGUGUAUGGUGCCCCCUUGACCCAGAUAUGAUAAUCACAGGAUCAUCAGAUUUCACACUCAGAGUAUGGAGGAUCUCUAACCAGACUCAGGCUCUGCCGUCAGAAAGAAAGAAGCACAAGAAGUCAGAAGUCAAGAUGCCAAAAAUGGUGCUAGCAGCAGACACAAACAGUCUGCCACAGCCUGCAGGAGGUGAUGAGAAAGUUAAUGUAUCUGCAGUGCCAACUGCAGAUCCCGAUAAUGCGGUAGAAUUUGCCAGAAGUGAGAAAGAAUUACGUCAAGCAUCAGGAAUUCAGAUUUCUAAGAAAAAGAAAUUUGUAUCUCGCAAGUCAUUUUUCCCUGUGUCAUCUCAGCAGCAGAACCAAGGGAAGGUUCAGCACUUGAGCAACUGCUAUCGCUUGUUGGCAGCACUGAACACCUGUGACAGUGUUCAGAAUGGAGAUUUUCCACUUUAUCAUGGGUUCUUUGGUAAUCGUGAUGAUAUGCAGAGACUUCUGGAUGCAGAGGUGGAACAUCAUAAUAAUGGUGGCAACUUUGAAUUGGCACAUCAUAUAGAACUAUGGAGGGGCAAUGUGACAGAAAUGUUGAAGGAGAUGGCACGUCGAAAACAACUGUCAGAUUUAUUAGUGUCUUUUGCCCCUUUGGCUUCCCAGAGAUUGUGGAUGGACAUGUGCAAAGCAUAUUCAGACCAACUCGUACUACUUGGUCAGUAUCAGAAGGCUGCUUCCUACUUACUGGUAUGUCACAAAGUGAAUGAAGCCAUCGAGCUACUCGUGAACCACAAGCUGUUUCGUGAAGCAUUGGCUAUAGCUCACAGCAGACUUGGACCUGAUGAUCCUACACCCAAAAGAAUAGUCCGGGACUGGGGUAGGCAUUUCGCAUCAGAAGGCAAUUAUGAAUUGGCUGUUGAAUGCCUUAUAUCAGUGGGAGAGUUAAUGGAGGCUGCAAUGCUAAUCAGAAAGAGAACUGACGAGAGCUCGUUAAAACUGGCAGCAAUGAUUGCAGAUAAAGCUGGUGCACAAGAGUUAGCUUCCAUGCUUGCCAUUCAGAGUAUAAAACAGAGUUUGUUGGUGGAGAACUGGGAUGUUGCGAGAGAAGUUGCCCUUGAGCAUGCACAUCUUAAGCACCUUAGCUUGCUGAUUACUGUACAUCAAACUAUAGUAGAACUAGCCGUUAAGAAUGACUGUUCAUUAUACCUGAGAUGGUUGGAUCAGUGCAAGCAUAUGCCCUCUGAACUUACACCACUUCUUGAACUGAUUGUAUUGCGGUGGCAGACUGAUGUCAGUAAAGAAGAAGCAGAAGAGAUUAAUGUUAUGUUGCAUAAAGAAUUCCGGACAAACGAAGCACCUGAUACAAAGCAAAAGCUGUGGUUAGUUGUGAGUGUUGAGCUUGCUCUCUCCUGUGUGAGUGAUGGAGCCAAAAGAUUAAGCCACCUGGUGGCAGCACUAAGUGCAUGCUACCAGUACAGACAAUUGCAACCUGCUGCCGAAUAUUUCUUGCUCCAGCUGUGCACGUGGCUCUCCCCUCAAGGUCCAUUUGUACAGAAGAGUAUAUUUUGUGUAGAAAAUAAUGGUGAGCUUAGAGGUGUAGCUAAGAGUCUGCAAGCUCACCUUUGUGCGGGCGUUGUUGAAUGGGCUUCAGAGAAUCUCGGUGAUAAACUAGCGAGUUUAUCAGCAUCAAGUGGCAAGAAUGGGACAGUGACUGAAGAAACAGAUGCAUGCAAAGAUUGUCAGAACAAAUCAUUUGGGCAGUGGCACGGGGUAUUAGAGGUACUGAAAAUCGGUAAAAAUGCCAUCUUAGCAAAGGAGAAUUUACAAUAUUUUCAAGACUGUGUUAAGAUAAAGAAAUGGGAGUGUGAAAUUGCCACAGCAUUUGCAAAAUCUCAGAAAAUUGUUGGUGAUGUAGCAAGUGCAGUAGAGGCUGGUGAUGACAGUGAUGAUAAAAAUAGUGUUCUGCUAAGAUUGGAAGAACUUAAACAGCGAAAAGAAGCGUUUGAAAGCGACUACAUCUCCAGUCCAAAUCCUUUUGUCACUUAUUGCAGAAUAAAGAAUAUCCUCUUCCACAUCAAGAAUGAAGAUCCAAAGAGCUGUGGUGACUUGUCUGAACAGAUUGAAGCUCUGUGGGAGAGCAUUACAUCACAUGCAUAGAUGCUGUCUUCUUCACCAUACAGUGUAAAUAACUGUAACUGUGGUAAAUGUUGCAUGUAAUAAAAUAUUAAUUCUUUAUGUACUACUAAGCGGGGACAGUCUUGCAGCUUUUAUGAACAUUAUUCCCACAUUAUUUAGUCUACAUACUUAGUCACCCAAAAACCCACAACUGGGUUGUAGAGCCAAGAAACAACAACUUAGUCACCAUCUGAUCCUGAAACAUUAAGUGCUCGGAAAAUGCUAGAAAAUGUACAGAUAUGUGAAAUAUGUUUUACAACACUGAGCCAGUGAUAGAACUGUCUUUAGUAGCAAAAUAAUGAAAUAGUCAUUUAUUCAGUUGAUAUUACUAUUCAGGUUUUAAAAUUUAUAGAGCACUUCAAUGUCAACUUCUUGUUUAAAAUUCUGUCCAAAACUCAGAAUUAUGAAUUUGUUUUCCAGUGUUAAUUGCUUAUCCUUUCAAAAUAUAAUAUCAGCAUGGAUUAUAUUAGCCUCCUGUCCAAUGGGUACAGGGGUCCUGACCUCAGCACCUACAUGGCAUGUAAUGGGAUAAAUUUACUUUUGAUGAGCAAGAAGCCGUAACAUGCCAUUCAGUCUGUUGCUUGGUAUUGACAUAGUUUUAAUUUUUAAAUUCUGGUGUUAAAAGAUCAGUGUCACUGAAUGUCAGAAUUAGAUGGUUAACAAUAUAGAAAUCAGGUUUAUGCAAAUAUUGUAUAAGACUCAACUUGUAGUUUAUGGGUUCGAUGGUUUUUAAUCAAGAUGUUAUUCUCUCUGUUAAAUACUUAGAUAUGCACAAAAAUGUACUUGGACUCUGAAGUAAGGCGAGUCUUAACACUUUGAAGCUAUAGAUCAUUUAAGUGAUAUUUAAAAUUUUAGUUUGUAACAGAGAAAAAGCAAAACAUAUGUGUUACAAAAAUCAGUUUCUUCUGUUGUUUAAGAGACAAAAUUCACUCUUUAUUCUGAGAAUCUUUUGAAAUUUAUAAAUACACUUUUUAUGCAAA